AUGAGCGACACGUCUUCUGCACCUGGGCAAAGCGCAAGGGCAUUUGCGGUGACGCCUCCUUGUGUCCGGAGCCGUGACUCAGACCAGGGUACUCCACCGGGGCCUUCACCGCCAGCGCAUUUGUUGCCGCGCAGGAGGCAAAGGUCGUGGCAUCCUUCGUUACUUGAGAUACAAGAGGCCGCGGAGUUCGAACGUGACCUGGCGCCGCAGACACCUCCCCGCGCAGGUCGACUUGCUUUCUAUCCUCACAGCCCUGCAGAUUCCUUCAAAGCCAAAGGCACAAAGCGUUCGAGGGAAGAGAUUGAUCAUGAUCAGCCUGAUGAGUCUGCCGAUCAGACCACAGACGAGGUGCAGAAGAGCGGAUCAUCGCAGCAAGCUCGAAAUCCGGGAAUCGAUGUGGUGGUCGCCAGGUGCACGAGCACGCAAGUGGCAAAGGAUGUAGGCUGCUUGCCCCCCCUGCAGAACACACGGACGUACAACUUCAACAACAUCGCGCAGACCGUGCUGAACUCGAUGAAGAGUACCAGGGAGGUGAAUUCUGAUUUCUGGGAUGGUGUGGGGUUCUUGCGGUCUUCUGGUGCAGGCUCUGGGGAAUGGUCCUGUUUGCAUGUGCAGUCACUGCCGUUGCAGGAUGUCAACGCCAAAUGGGUCGAGAAACGGACCGAGAACGCGAGGCCGACGAGUGGCCACCGGACGUAUGAGAAAAUCAACAUGGAGACUUUCCGGACAGAGAAAGCAUUUAACGAGAUCUACCAAGAAGGCGAGGCCGUUCCCAUCGACGAAUGGCUUUCGGAACAUGGUGUGGACCCGAAGGGAUUCACAUCGGAGGCCCGGAAAGCGGAGUUCGUGAAGGAGGAGUUUGAAAUCACCGUCGUCGAGGAUAAGGGUGAGCUCCUCGUGCCCAUCAUGUCAGGCAGGAAGAAGAUUAGGAUGGGGACACGCUGCGCUGCUGGGAAGCGCAAGACCACAGCUCACGAGAGUGGUGGUGCAGCUGCUUCAUCAUACGCAAGCCAGAGGCGAGAUCUGGAUGAGUUGCAAAGCAGGGUUGCAAGCCAAACCUCCGUGAAUAUGAACUCGCGGCUCGCCCAGUACUUGGCCCGGUCUGACAGUGCGGGAAGUGCUUCACAGAGCACGAAUCAGGAUCCAGAUGAUGAUGAUGAUGCCGGCAUGGAUUUCGCUCCAGCGUGGGUGCCGGUGCAGCGCUCUUCGAGCAAGCGCCGUCGUGUGGAGGCCAGCCAAGCAGGGCGCCCGGGGUCAACGUGGGCUGGCCCCAACAGUCCGCCGGGCAGCUUGCGAGGGGUGGAUGCCGAUGCAGCCAGCGAGCUGGGCUCGGAACCACCAUUGGAGGAGGGCACCGAGAACUUGGACCCGGACUUUGAUGCCAUGUUGCAGUCGCGAGGCAGGGGCCGAGGUGGUCGAGGUGGACGGGGCCGUGGCAGAAAGGGCUCGCUGGGAGCCAAAGGACAGGGGGCUGGUGAUCUCAGCACAUCGCAGCAUGCCGCGGUGACGAAGUUGAAGCAGGAUUUCACAGCCAAGAAGCAGGAGUUCAGUGACGAUGACCGCCAGAUUGAGCGAAUGGCAACAAGCAUGGAGAACCUUGUCAGCAAGGUUGCGGGCGUGCCCGGGCAGGAGCAGCUGGUGGAGGACGUCUUGAAAUUUACCGAGCACGUCCGUGCCGUCUUUCGCCUUUUCACGUCGAUGCGGCGCGCAGACUGGUGGGUCGCGGAGGUUUCGGACGAAGACAGAGAGUUGCUGUCUGGCAUCUCCUCCAAUCUUCUGGCCGAGAUCUUUGUGUGGUGUGGCCAGGACCUUUUGAAGUCGACGAGCGGGGCUACCGCAGCGGAGCAGGAGGAGAAGCGUCUGUGCGACUUCUUUGGCAUGUUGUCCAUGCAGCCAUCAAAGAAGUUCACGAUCAAGCAGUAUAUGGAUAACGCUGAGUCCAAAGGCUCUCCGGGGGCUGUCCGACUUGGCAUUGGUCUGCAGUCGCAGCUGCUUGGGCUCUUUUGGGACAAGGUCUUUCGCUUGAAAGACACGGCACGGAUGCGUGCCCUGCUUGCGUGCGCGUCCGCUGUUCCCAUCGCAGAUCUGAGCAAGCCUCCCGCGCCGAAGUCUGUGCAGUUGGAUGACGGCCAGUGCUACAGCGCAAGCACGAUGCUGGACAUUCAGUUUGACGACAUCUUGGGAGAUGAGGCGUUGAAUCGCACAGCCAGGGCUGCUGUCGAGGCCCACAACUUGCUCAGCGAAAAGAAGUUGUGGGCUGGACUCCAGAGCGCCGCCAAAUCGUGCAAGUCGUCGGCGACGUUGAUGGAAGACUGCGCGGCGUGCCUGCAGGACUUCCCCGUCGACAUCGGGUCCGGGCAGAUCAUCAACGAACCGCUGAAGCUGCUCUUGUUUUGCCAGUCCACCAAUCUUGUCGAGAAGGUUCUCUCAGCGAUCAAGUGCCUGAGCGCGUGCAGUGGGCUGCCUGAUACUGAGGCUGAGGGAUCAGGCUCUACGGAUAUGAAAUCCUUAGCGUCAGAAGUUGACGCGGCUCGGGCGACCGUGAAGAAUCUUGUUGGGCCCGCUCUGGAUUUGGUUGCUGCGGCCAUUCAAGGCUCAUCGACACCCAGCGUGGCCACGUCUGUGACGUCGGUGGAUGAUGGGUGGGCGACCGUGCAGGAGCAUGUGAUGGAUGCAGGCGGCAAAGCCCUCCGCGACGUGUGCUGUCUGACAGAGCUGGUGAGGGCUGCGCAGACAAAUCUCACCACCGAUACGUUCACGGACGCUUGCAAUAUCGUCCAUAAGGUGCACACGAGUCGCGACUUGCAGCUCUUUACAGACACUGUGCGUGAUUGUGCCGGCGGCCCUGCUAUCCUGAAGUCCUUGGGGGCGGUGAUGUCGAAGGCUGUGUUGGCACAUGCGGCUGAGCCUAUGGUGUGGUUCCGAGCUUUGGUCAGCGAGGGGAAGCAUACCACACUUUUGCAGAUGCCAGCAUCGAGCCGGGUGCGUAUGGGCGCAGGAGUGGAACGGCAGAUCAGAUGCGUGCAGAAGAUCGAGCAUUGCAAGACCCCUCCGGAGGAUGAUUCGGGCAAGAUUUUCACAUCAUCUACGUGGAUGAGCAAGGAGCUCGCGCGCGAAGGCUUGGCUGCUCUCUCCGACCUUGUUUCUUUCUCCAAGGAAGAGGCCAAUGUGGGCUUCCCCGGCCUCGCGGACGCCCUGGCCGUCUUGGGAAAGAAGCUGCACGACACCUUGGCAGAAUUGGCAAAGUCAUUGACCGACAUCAAGAAGGAUGUGUUCGAUGUGUAUGCGGAGGCCUUGGUUGUGCAGGCAAGCUUGGAGGAAGGUCCGGACAACAUUGCUACGGAUGGAUUGUCAGAUGAGGCUAGCAACAUCAUCAAGAAGUACGAUGCUGACUCUGCUUCCGACGAGUCCCCAGUUGCCCUAGCCAUUGCCCGUGCGAACACCAUGCGGCCAUUCGAGGAUGUUGUCAGCAUCUACAUGCCGCGCUUGGAUGAUUGCCGGGGAAUCAUUACGGAUGAUGCAGUCUCUGCUUUGACGACGGCUGCAGAUCGGGAUCCCAGCACCAAGACGUUCGCACAGACCGUUUUCAGCUUCCUGACGGCAGAGUUGCUCACGCGUGAUCGAGCGGAGACCGCCCAGGUCACGAAGGACGCCAUGGGUCUGGUUAAGUUCGGGAGCAGCACUCUUGGACUGGCAAAGAAGGACCUGCCCACGAUCGCCAACAGCAAGCUCGACAAGUUGAUCAAGGAGAUGAAAGCAAAGGGAGCGGUGGGUCUGAAGGCACCGGGGUUACAGGAUGCUCUCCGGAUUCCUUUGAAGUCUUCUUUUGACGCCGGCAGCUGUCGGCGAUGCCGCUUUCGUUACCAAGACCUGGUCCUGGUUCUAGUUCUGAUGUCUUGGAACAUUUACUUGGAACUUGGUAUGUCCCAAGCAACGAGAACCGAACGAGACAACGAGAAAGUAUGGAUUCGCUGCGUGCUGCUCUUGGGCUGCGUGAUAUGCCCGACACGGAGUACAGACAGCUACCAGGUCCGUAUCGAGCGGUUCACGACGUUGUGUCGGCAGCAGUACGGUGACCGCUGGGCGGUUGGCAUGAACUGCAGGGAAGCGGAAUCCGUGGACCUGUUGUACCACCAGUUCAUGGCGUCCCUGGCACCCGGGGAGACUGACUUUGGCGACGUAGUGGUGGAUCUUUCGAAGAGCUUGGAACGCGGGGCAUACAAGACGGAUGGGCUCACGACCAACAGCCAUAUCUUCUCCUUCUCCCAAAAGAGAUUGAUGCAUGGAUUCAAGUUGAAUGAAAUCAAAUUUAUGCGGAACAAGCGGAGCUUGUAUGCUGCGAUGACCGGCAAUGCGAUGAGCGUCCCGGCCGUGGGUGCAUGCAUCUUGAGUGUGAUACUUGUUGCCGGCUUGCGCGAGAGCCACCAGUAUCCAAAGCUACAUGCGAGGGUGAUGAAAGCCGGCUCAGACAUGAGCCCCGAGGGCAGUACGGAGUCAGAAAGCAUGGACGUGGACGACGACGCGCAGAACGCCGACGACCCAGCGCGGGUCCGGAAGGGCCUUACAUCACUUCGGCGCAAGGCCUUCUUCGCACAUCCGAAGGACGCCCGCGCGGCGAUCAGAAGUUUGGGGGAGGCCUCGUUCUGGGAAGAGGCCUUGGCCCUGCUCCACGUGAAGUGGCAUGCGCCCUUCCUACCGACCGGCCGGCUGUUCAGUGAAGCCAUUGGUAUCCUUCAUCCGGACCAUUGGCCCCUGGCCCUUGCUAUCCUCAAGGAGGCCAAAGAAAAUGCCUCGACUUGGGAUGUGGAGGUUCUCAACACCGCCAUGCAUCUAUGCAGCACCGCAGGGCAUCGGGAUGUGGCCUUGGCACUGUUCCAUUCGCUUCACGGGCUGGCACUGCUUCCGAAUGUUUGCACUUUCAACACUGCCAUGAACGCCUAUUUCGCAGAUGGGCGAUGGGACGAAGCGCUUCGUCUGCUCGAGGACAUGUGGGAUGGACUCCUCAUGCCCGACAUCGUCAGCUACAAUACCGCCAUCUACGCCUGCAGCGAUGCCCGGCGUGGAGGAUGGGAGAGAGCUUUGUCUCUCCUCAGAGAGGCGUGGGUGGAAGGGCUGCCUUGCUCUAUGAUCACCUACGCGGGGGUCAUACUGACUUGCACGAGGAGCAUGCAGUGGGAGCGGGCGCUCCAGCUGCUACAAGAUGCACGAGUUGCGAUGCUCCCGCCGGACGUGCCAACCCACACUGCCGCGAUUGCAGCGUGCGGGCAGGCAUCAAAGUGGGAGCAGUCCCUUGUUCUUUUGACGGACAUGGCCGGUCAUAAGACCUGGCCGGACACCACCACCUUCAACGAAGUCAUCUCCUCCUGUGGGAAAGGCUUACAAUGGAGAAGGGCUCUCGGGCUGCUAAUGCACAUGCAGAUGGACGAGGUGGACUGCAACGCCGUGACCUACCGGGCUCUGGUGGAUGCUUAUAAGAGAGCCUCAUUGUGGGAGCGUGUGCUCAGUACGCUGGAGGAGAUCGAGUCUUUCUCGGGAGGGCCUGACGUCGUCGGCCGGACCUCUGCAAUCGCUGCUUGUGGAAGCAGUCGGCAGUGGCAGACGGCACUGCUUCUAUUGGAAGAUCUCGUCUUCGAAGGGCUUGCCGACUCUUAUGCCCACUCCGCGGGUGUGGCGGCCUGUGCUCGAGCACGGCGCUGGCACCAGGCUCUGCUGUUGCUUCAGCAAGCCCAGACGCUGUCCCUGGCAAACGAUCAGGGCUUCAAUGCCGCGAUGAAUUCCUGUAGUCGGCCUGGCCAGUGGCCCAUUGCGGUCCAUCUUCUGUCGGCCAUGCCAGCUCAUCGCGCAGCAAGAGAUGUGUUUAGUUUCACCGCUGCUUGCAGCAGCUGCCAGAGUGGCCAGCAGUGGCAGCGGAUCUUGCAAAAUUUGCAGGAUGCUGACCGCGCUGGGGUCGAGAUUGACGCCGGCCUGGUGGGUGUUGCGCUCUCCGCCCAGCUCCAAAACGGGGCCUGGCCGCGGGCGCUGUGGACCUUCGGCCGCCCGGAGAACCCCUGGCAUCUGUCUGGGGACACGUAUGCUGAAGCUUUGGCCCAAGCGGAAGACGCUGCGGACACAGCUCAAGGGCUGCCCUGGCUAAAACAAGCCCAAGGUAGCCUGAGCCUCUGCCUGCAGCAAGAGAGCCGCAUGAGCUCGCGUGCGCAGCUUCAGUCUGUUACUUUGACCGAACUCCUCCAAGCGCACGGCCAUCUGAAAGAUGGAGACCACCAAGUGCUGCGGCGGAGGUUCCUGGAUGUGCUCUUGUGGCGCCUGGCAGCCCUUCAGGAUCCGGCGCCGCUCGAGGAGCAACGCAGGCACAUGCCCCGCGCUGCUGCUGAAUUCUUAAGGUAUGGUCGAGAAUGGGCGAAGCCCGAAAGGGGCAAGCGCCGCGGAUGGGCCAUCAGAGAAGAAGGUCGCCGGACGCAGCGGAUCAGCAAGGCGGCGCACUGGAAGCGAGUGUUCGUCCGGGAGUCCGCUGCCACAUCGAGCCGAGCCGCCCUACCCGGACUGCACGAGUUGUUUCCGAGCAGCGUCUUCAAUCUCGGCGCAGACUCGCAUGACGCACUGGCACAGGUGGGGAUCAACAGCAGUUCGAGCUGGCAUCUCAGGGCCCAAAGACUGGCCCGAGGACAGCUGACUGCUGUUGGAGCUAUGACCCGGCGCCGACCAGUUGGCAAGGAGUUGCCGGCUGUGCUGUCCGUGUCUUUGGGUACAAACCCCAGGGGCACUAUGCAGCUCAUUGGCUGGGGCCUGCGCGAGCGCGAUGCCUUCGAGGAGGAACUGCCUGGGCUCUCCUGCCGCGCGACAGCUGCGCACUGCGAGCGCAAUGCGCUGCACAUGGCCUUGAAGCGGCUGAAGAUGUCAACCCAAAUCACACCGUUGUCGCCGUCCAUGACCAAUGUGGAGUGGGACAGUGCGGACCAGCUCGGCGGCGAGAUUCAUCCUGACCCUCAGCGCUCCAGCAGCUGGGACGUUGGAGCUGCCUGGGCGCCUGCAGAUCUUGUGAACGGCAGCAAGAAUCCGUCUUUGGAGCUUGAGGAGAACCUUGGCGGCCAGAGGUCGGAGGAGCUUCCAAGAGGGGAGCCCUCAGAAUCGGCCGAGCAAGGAACGGAAGCUGCAGAGCACGAAGACGGCCAGCCUGCUGAUUCGGGCGAGGGCCUCCCGUCGCUCUCGCCCAGCCGCUUCAUCCGGGAUGAAUACCUGGAGCGGAUCCAGUUCUUCUGCGAUCAGGCGCAGGAGGGAGCGAUGGAGGCGCUCUCCGUUGCUCUGAAAGUCAACCCCGGUGACGAUGCCCGGAAGUGGCUGAAGGUGGCUGAGGACGCCCUGCGACCCGCGUCCAGGAAGACCGCCAUCGAGUCGCGCGCCCUGGGCCAGCGGGCCGGACAGGCUGCUUCGGCGUGGUUGGCCGUGCAGAAAGCGCUGUCUGCAAGCCCCAACCAGGCGAUCGAAGCAGCGGAGCGGGCGCUUGGGGAUCUUUUUAUUUGGCGCUGCCAAAGAAGAAGCCCACUCCGCUCCCGGAGCGGUUUCAAGAACGCCGUGCAGGAGGCCUUGAGCGGUCGGCGACUCACCUCAAAGCACUGGGCGAGAUUCUUCCACAUCCACAAGCAGGUGGUAGUGCGGCAGCUCCCUGAAAUUGACUUCAAGGUGUCCAAAUGCCUGGCCAUGGCGGCAGUGGCCUUCGUGGCCCGUGGCGAGGAUCUGGAAGAGCGGGCACUGCAUCAAGACGAUCAGUGCACAGGAGAGCAGUGUGCGCUGAAUGCGUUGCAGCAUCGGGGAGCAAAAAUCGCCACCGAAGCUGCCGAGGCCGAAGAGCUUCAGGCAGAAGAUGAGGUGGAGGACAUGAUGGACACCGAGGAGGACCUGGGGGUCAACUACACAGAGCUGAUGGAGUACGGCUGCUUCGCAAAGCCGUCGAACAUGCGUCUGUCCUGGAGAGCCAGUGGUCGAGACUUCUUCCAGCAGUUCACGUUUGUCACGCAGGAUGACACGCAUGGAGCACACAAGUAUCUCAACUUUCACGAUGCAGUGAGGCACGGAGUGAUCGGGGCGACCAACCACGGCUCCGUCUUCAUGAAGAUCGGCGGUAUCGAGCCCACAGGUGAGUGGAUCGCGCCAUACAAGCGUCAUUCGGUCAUGAUCCACUCCAACUACGCCUGGCAUCCACAGGAUGGCUUUCUUGUGGUCAUGAAGUACAACCAUGUGCCUUGGGGUCCAUCCAUCUGGCCGGCUUUCUGGUUGAUGAACAGCGACAAGGUGUGGCCCGAUGGCGGAGAGUUCGACAUCAUGGAGUUCGCGAACGAUGAGGCGAGCAAGAUUACUUUCCACACAGACAAGAACUGCUUGCUCGACCCCCGAAAGGUGGGAGAAUGCAUGCGGCAUAAGAGGAUGGGCGGCUCAGGCCCAAUGAACUGCAACACGAACUACUGGAAGAAUCUCUUCGGCUGCCGUCCCCGCCAAGUCCAGCGGACUGGCGAGUGGUUCGCCAAGAACCCAGGAGCCUUCGCUGCCUCCUGGGACGAGGAUGGCAUUACGGUGUACCACAUCCCAAACCACGAGAUUCCGGCAGAUCUCAAGGAAGACAAGCCACGUCCCGAAAGCUGGGGCAAAUGGGUCGUUGCUUACCUGCCUUACGUCAGCCACACCUGCCACAAGGACUUGGCAGGUCCCCAGGAAAUCGUGCUCAACAUUGCUCUGUGUGGCGACUGGGCUGGAAACGCGUGGUUCCGGUCUGGCAGUGCGCGCAGCACUGGCUUCACCCACGGGUGCCGGGCUGACAUCGGCAAGCCCUACGAGGAUUGCUGCACGAAGUAUGCCACGAGCCAUGAUGGACGCAUUGAGCAGAUGUUCAGGAAUCAGGCGUACUUCGACAUCGACUACAUGAAGGUGUACACUUCUUCGGGUGCUCGUAGCCCCAGUUUGUCGGGCAUCCACAGGCGUGGUGGCCAGCCUCUGAACGCCUGA